GCGGGAAACGGCGGCGCGCGAGCCGGGUUGUCCCGAGGCUCGGGAGCGGCCCCGAACGGCCCCGGAGCGGGAGCUGGAGCCGGAGCCGGCCCUAGGAGCGGGACCGGCGCCCCAGACCCGAAUCCUUCCUCUGUGCAGCCACGCCGAGCCGGGCGCUUCUGCGCGUCCUGAGCGAGGUGCAGCCUCUGGAGAAGUUGCUGUGCGCGCUGAGUGCUGUUCGGUGCCGGUGUGUUGCUACAGCUUUCCGAUGGGGGUAAAAACAGCUGUCAAAAGGUACGAAACAAGAAAUAAGAAAGAAGUGGCAUCACCCAGAUCCCGAGUGGAUUGGAGACGCACUAGAAGGGCGCUCAUUCUGCCGGACAGCAAUGACGAAUCCUCAGCCGCCUCUGAGGAGGAGGAGGAGUCUGCCUCAUCCGAAAGCGAAAUCGAUGAGAAAGAUCCGGCGGCUGUGGAGCGCAGCCCUUCGGAUCGGCAGGAGAAAGACCCUAGCGGGGAGGUAGCAGAAGAUGGUGACGAUGAGUGCGUUGUGCCUGGGAAGCGCAAGAGGCUGAGCGCCUCUGUCAUGUACGACAGCGAUGGAAGCGAGGGCAGUGACAUACUUGUUAGAAAGGUUUCUUCCAAACGCCGCUGUAUAAUGGAUGACGAUGAGAGCUGCGAGCAGCAGCCUGAUAAAACAUGCCCUACAGAGAAUGCUUCUGCUAGCAGGAAACAGAAAGUGCUCGCAAAAUUGAAGGAGCUUGUAAGACAAAGCACAGCGCGGAGGUCCUGCAGCAGUGCAAGUUGUGAGGAUUCUAAUGGUGAAGCAAUAGAAGAGGAACCAUUCUGUCAGUUGCCCCUCACACCAUCAGAAGGCAGUGAAACUGAUGGUGACAGCAUGAAAGAUUUUAUAGUAGAGGAAGAGGAAAACGAUGAUGGUGAUGACAUUGACAACACAGAGCAUGUGAAGAAUGAAAAUCAGCCACAUCAAAAGCAACCAAAUCCAUCAAACAGUGAGCUGCUGGCACACUACAUCCCACAGUUAUCUCGCUGUGAUCAUUAUGUACACUUCAAAAGAAUAGUAAAAGCUUUCCUCAUAAAUGCAAUUGAUGACACUUUUCUGAGCUCAUUGUAUGAUGGAACAAGACAGAAGAAGUAUGCACAGGAGAUGCUGCUCUCACUGCAUUAUUUGGAUGACCGCUUCAUUCAGCCUCGCCUGGAGAACUUGAUCUGUAGAAGUCGCUGGAAGGAUCGAUACAAGGAGCGUGUGGAUUGUUACCCAGAUGUUCGCAUAAGCUUGCAAAAUGCACAGAAUAUGUCUUGUCAGGCCUGUGAGCUGAAGCGGUGGUGCAAGUUCAGUGUACUGCUCUCUGGAAGGCUUUAUAAUAGUAAAACUUUGGAAGUGGAUGACUUCAUGUCAGGUGAUAAACAGGUUUUGAAGGUUGGUACAGUGUGUGCAAAUCGUACAAGAGUUUAUCACAACUUGAAACACUUCAAGUACAAGUUAUACAUGGAUUGCAGCUCCAUUGUGGAAUUGGAUGGUGUUGAGGAUGAACCAGUCAAAGACACUGUGGAGCGGCUUUUCAGCCACUUGGAAGAGACUGAGUGGAUUCAGAAGAGAUACAAUGAUCUUGAAGAUUACCUGGAAGAUGCAGACAAUUUCCAAGAAGAGAAAAUUGAUUAAGAGGUCAUAUAGCUCUUUGAAAGACAUCUUUAAAAAUGUGAAUGGCCUACUUCAUCUGCAUGCACUUUAUCUCUGCCUGGACUUCAAGAUUUCUAUGUAGGCUGUUACACGGAAAUUCAUAUGCCUUUGAAUUACUGUUUGAUAAUGUGCUGUAUCUUUUUUUCUCAUCUGUGUCAAUACAAAUCCAAAGUUUUACCAAAUCAGUCCUUCCAGGCUUACUGCAUUAAUCACUUUAAGUUUCCUACUGUUAGAAAUAUCAGUUCAAUGUCUAUUUACUUGUGGAAUAAAAUUUCCACCUAUUCAGACUGAGCUGCAUUGUAGAGAACACAGGAGAUGCUGAUAUCUUUUGAAGUGGGUAUAUUUGGAAAGGUAAGGCUUUGUUAUACCAGAAUUUAGGACUUGCAUCUUACCUUCCUUAUUGCUCAUUAUGUACAAGUCAGUCCAGUCAGUUAGAAUGAUAGUUACAACAAACAGGACCCAAAUGCAAAGAUCUAUUUCUCCUCUGACGAAUCAGUAUAGACAGUUGCAAGGCAACAGAGGAAAUAUUCUGCAGUCCUGACUGCAUUUGCAGCACAGUAGUCAUUCCUCUCUUGAGAAAGUAGGUGAUGAGUCACAGUAUGGGCGUCAUACAGACUGAGUCUGGCUCAGCCAUUUAAAUGAGCACAUGGGCCCACAUGGCUGUCUCUGAUAAGUAGCUGGGGCAAUUUACUGAGAUUUUAAACAUCGGGUUACAUUGUGCAAACAUAAUGGCAGCACUUGGAGUAACUGCAGUCCUAAGAGAAUGGGUUAAUAUGCCCAAGGAAGAUAAGCAAGAAUUCUUCCAGUGUAACUUAAGAGAAAGUAGGAGUUAGUCAGAAACAGGAUGCAUGGCUUACCAGAAUUGCAUGAAACCCAAAUCAGAGUAGAUUUUCAAGGAUUUUGGAAGGGUUUAAGUAUGGUACUGCCCAUUCUGAAAAAUUGGACAAGAACUGCAAAUGUGUACUCACAGCCCAGAAAGUCCACUGUGUCCUGGGCUGCAUCCCAAACAGCAUGGCCAGCAGGCUGAAAGAGGUGAUGCUGCCUCUCUGCUCUUAAGAAACCCUACCUGGAAUGCUGCAUCCAGUUCUAGGGUCCUGGCACAGGAAAGACAGGAUGUCCUGCUUGCUGGAGCAAGUCCAGAGGAGGGUCACUAAAUUGAUGAGAGGGCUAGGUGUGGAUUGGCUGGUAGAGUUGGGGUUGUUCAGUCUGGAGAAGGGAAGGCUCUGGGGGACCAUAUUGCAACCUUUAAGUAUUUAAAGGGGGCCUACAAGGAAGAUGGAGAAAGACUUUUUACCAAGGCCUGUAGUGGUAGGGCAACAGGUUUUGAACUCAAAGAAGGUAGGUAUAGAUAGACAUAGGGGAAGAAAUUUUUUACUGUGAAGUUGGUGAGGUGUUGCAGACAUCUUUUCAUGAAAAAUCCUUUCCUUAGGAUUUUUCCUCCUGAGCAGCUUCUCAGGAACAAAAUGUAAACAAUGAUUAUCUGCUGCUGUGGAAUGCA